AUGGAUACAGUUUCCACUCUUCCAAAUGCUCUACAAAUGCUCCUCGUUGGUGCUCUCGUGGUUCAAACUUUAAUGGUUGCCUCUGCAGGCAACUUUAACCAGGAUGUCGAUAUCACAUGGGGAGAUGGUCGUGCAAAAAUCCUCAACGACGCACAGCUUCUUACUCUCUCCCUCGACAAAGCCUCUGGUUCAGGCUUCCAAUCCAAGUAUGAAUUUCUGUACGGGAAGUUCGAUAUGCAACUGAAACUUGUGCCUGGCAACUCUGCAGGACCUUUAUCGUCUUCGGACGAGAUCGAUUUCGAAUUCUUGGGAAACCUGAGCGAUGAUCCUUACAUCGUUCACACUAAUGUUUACACGAAAGGCAAAGGUGACAGGGAGCAACAAUUCUACCUGUGGUUCGACCCCACUGCUGAUUUCCACACUUACUCGAUUCUGUGGAAUCCCGGACACGUUAUUUUCUAUGUAGAUGGUAGACCGAUUAGAGAGUUCAAAAACCUGGAAGAAGCUGGAGUUCCGUACCCGAAAAUCCAAGCCAUGAGAAUGUACUGUAGCAUAUGGAACGCGGAUGAUUGGGCCACGAGAGGAGGUCUAGUGAAGACCGAUUGGAGCCGGGCACCUUUCACAGCUUCUUUCAGGAACUUCACUGCUAACGCUUGUGUCUGGUCUAAUGGAGACUCAGGCUGCCCUUCGAAUAACAGUGCCUGGUUUUCGCAGGAGAUGGAUUCUUCCAGUCAGAAAGUGAUGAAAUGGGUGCAAAGGAAUUACAUGGUUUACAAUUACUGCAAAGACGAAAAGCGAUUCCCUCGGGGCCUACCUGUGGAAUGCACUGUCAGAAACAGGAAACACAUUUGA